GAGCUAGGAAUGGAAGCUAGAUCUGUGACUUAGAGCAGGGACUCUUUCCACUGCGCUCUGGGAGACUGCAGAAGGGACAGGAGGGCUCAGGACAGACCUUGGGGUUGUUCACAAUGGGCGAGGGGAGGAUACUGGAAAGAGCCGGAGGCCCAGGGCGACGCAGGGACCAGGUAGGAGCCGAGGAAUGUGCCUGCGUCACUAGAGACUUUGACAUCGUCCCUCAGGCUCGCUUCCCUCGGGGCCCGAUAGAGGAGUGGGGAUCCGAGCCUCUCUCCGCCGGCUCCCUGGCUCCGAAGGUGGGAGUGACAGAACUGGAGGGGUUGGGGGAGGGGCCACCGCAGGCCCCGCCCACCACCUUUGUGUCGGGGCCGCUGGAGAGAGAGCGCCGGCGGAGAGCCAAUCAAGAUGCCGCAUGUAAAUAACCCAGAGGGCGGUUCUCCGCGCGACCCCAGAGCCCAGUGUCGCCGCCCCGCAGCGGGCGCAGAUCGCACUGGCUGGCGCCAUGCGAGGCGCCAACUUUGAGGGACGGAGACUCGAACCGAUGGAAGCCUGGGGAGACUCUCACGCCAUCUCCCCGCCCGACGCGGAGCGGAAUCCGCGGCCGCACGGCAAAACCGAGGAGAGAGGAAGGCUGGCAGCGGACCGGUGUACCCACAUCAUGACCAACUGCCGCCACCACUCCGGAUACCUGGCGGACGAUGAGGCCGGCCACAUCACCUACCGGCCCCGGGUGCAGCCGCCUAAGAAGCCACCGUUCCUGAAAACGGGGCAGGCCGCCAAUCUGGGCCGCGUGCCACACCCACCGUCGAUGUAUGGCCCCUCGGGCAGCUCAGGGCUUCGCAGCCACCGUGGGAGCACGAGGGACCCUCGGCCCUUUGGUAGUUUCCUGGACUUCCUUGUCGAGGGCCAGGUGCUGGAGAGCCUGCAGCGGGUGGUGGAGGAAGCAACUGAGCGCAUGGCGACCAUGAAGACAGAGACUGGGGAGCCGCUGGUGGAGGUGGAGGACCCAGUGGAGGUGCCGAGGGGUGGGCGACGUGCGCGCGCCCGGCCCAGCCUCAGUACGGUGCACCGGCACCAUGUCCAGCCCAGCCUCUGCAUCGGGCACCCCAACAACUACCCAUCCUGCUCCAGCUCCGUGUCUGACUCACAUAGCAACGUCACAGCCGGCUACCCAGGUUCCCAUGGCCCGGACAGCGACCUGGGCUACCGCGGCCUGGGCCCACUGCCACCCAUAAGGGACAAACUUCUGCAGGAGAAGAGCCUCAAACGGCUGCUGCGGCUGGAGAACAGAGGGAAACGCCUGUCCUGCUCCCAGGUGGACUCCCUGCUGUGGGACUCGCUGGGCUCAAGCUUCGGUACACCAGAAGCAUCAGAGCUGGGGCUUGGAGAGAGAGAGCUGAAAUUCCUCAAGAGAGAGUUCAACAAGGAGAUCAAGUCCUUGCUGAGCCAGUCGGAGGCCUUCAACCUGCCCGGCUACUCUUCGUUCCGUGAGCCCCAUCGGACCCUAGACCUCCUGGCCAAGCACCACCUCUUCCCUGCCCUGCAGAGUGUGGUCAACCAGGCUGUGGACAAGCUCAGUGGCGCCCUCCGGGAGAACGGCUACCCUCUCUUCCCAUCAGAAUGGGAGCCCACCACAGACCCCAAUUUAGAAAUCACACCAGGCUCCAAGCUGGCCUCGCCCAUCCCAGAGGAGGAGCCCUAUGACGAUAUCCCCACCAACGCAGACUCCAACCUCAAGAUGACGGGAAGAAAGAACAAGCCCAGAACACGGGACAAGUCGAAGGAAGGUGGUUCCGCCAUGUCUAGUGCCCAGGGAGCCACCAGAUUUAGGCUCCAGAGCCCCCAUUACAACAGGAAGAAGACGGUACUGCCCUCCAUCUCCUCCAAGUCCAUGUCCUACAUCUCCAACCCCUGGUCCGAGGAGCUUAUCAACGACAUGACGGAGCAGGCUGUCUCCUUGCUCGUUUGCAAGUACAAGUUUGAGAGGAACCUCACCAAGCAGCUGGGCCUCAUCUCCUUCCCCGUCACUGAGACACUCGUGGACCUCUUGCUGGGCUUCAAGGAAGUGAAAGGCUCCAACAUCUGCCUGUCCUCGGAGGUCAACUGGAACAUCCUGCUGCGAAUGCUGGAGGAGGCCCAGUGGGCCCGGCAGGUGUCCCUCGAGGCCUCCCAGCACACGGCCUCCCCCCCAGGCACCUCCCAGCACAGCAUAGACUCCCCCUCCAUGUUGUCUAUGCCGGCCACUGUCCUGGAUCGGGUGGUCGAGGAGCCGGGCCCCCAGGGAAAUGCUGUCCACCCAGCUGGCCCCCGCUCUGAGCAGAGAUCAGAAUAGGCUAACGCCCACCAGAAGCUCUGCUCAGCCUCUCAAGAGAUCCAACAGGAAAAAUAAAGCUUCUGUUGAUGCA